UCCACAAAGUGUAUACAUCAUAAAAAUAUAAUGUAUCAUUCUUUUACAACGUUUCACAGUCCAAAGUAAAUGAUGUCGACACAUGUUUAAUUGUAAAAUGUAGAAAUAAACUAAUGCAGAUAAUACAGUGAAUUUAACUGAUUGUAAUCUUAAGAAUCUACGUUUCACAGCCACUGCAUUUUAGAACCUGAAGACGUUUAAUUACUUUUAGAGACUAGCAUUAUUACAAACAAGAGUUAAGAGAUCAUUACCAUUAAUUGAAGAGACUAGUCGUACAACCAUUUCUUAAGAGAUAUUAUUGCCCUGGAAAGGCAUGUGACGAUGAAGUUACUAAGGCUCGUCUGGCAGAGGAGGCCAGAAAGAAAUACGGAAACCCGCCUCCAACUAUCUUUUCCAAAAUAAUAGACAAGACGAUGCCUGCAGACAUCAUUUAUGAAGAUGAGAAGUGCCUGGCUUUUCGAGAUAUCAGUGCCCAAGCGCCUGUGCAUUUCCUUGUCAUACCUCGGUCUCCCAUACCCAGAAUCAGUGAGGCAGCAGACGAUGAUGAACAGCUUUUGGGGCACCUCCUAAUAGUCGCUAAAAACAUGGCAAAGAAAGAGGGUCUCAAGGAAGGUUACAGAGUGGUCAUCAACGAUGGGAAGCAGGGAGCACAGUCUGUGUACCACCUGCAUAUCCAUGUGCUCGGAGGCCGGCAGAUGGAGUGGCCUCCUGGGUAAUGUGAAAAGGCAGAGAGCAAGAGAGAAGCAAUUGCUAAAGAAGAAUCACUGGGAUAUAACAGACUCAUUACAAGCACUUUGUGUAAGUCCCGUAGCAGAUCAUACAAGUGCUGGUGCUUGAUUUCCAAAGCUUAUUUCUAAUGUUAUUGCUACGUUAAUGGGAUGGUAAACAAUUCUACAUGUACACCAAUAAACAACAUGUCAGUAAUCUAAAA